UAGAGUAACCUAAGGUGUGUAUCGUCUUCUCUUGUUCGUCUCUUUCUUAUCCCCAUAAUCUCUAUCUACACAUUUUUGUUUUCUUCGUCAUCGAUUCCUCUCUCUCGUACUACACCCCCUUCACCUUCAUCUUCGUAUCUUUUCUGUCUUCACCGCUCUUUCUCCCAUUCAUCGUGUUCUGUAUCCAUUAGUUGUUCCUUUCCACGCGAUUAGGGUUUACCCACUCACCACAAAAAUGCUUCAUAUACUACAUGUUAGUUGGUAGGAUGAAGGGUUUUAGAGAUUGGGUUUUAUCACAAAUAGUUUCCAAGUCGUUGGUAUCGCCAACACCGUUAUCAGGCGGUAAUAGUUUCUAUGCGGCAGAGCGGCCAAGUGAAGAUGUUAAUGAGCAAGCUCCCACAGCUAAUAGUGUAACAUUGCCGAUUCCAUCUGGCACAUCAAACUCUUCUGCCAAUCAGAGUAAUCCGAGUAGUUCCACACUGCAGCAAGCUUCAGAUGCAGAAAUUUCUCAAUCUCAAGUUAGCGGUAAUGGAAGACAGAAGGAUACUUUGGCAAAGGUUGAGGAUCUCCAAGUUAAAUUUUUCCGCCUGCUCCAGCGCCUCAAUCAGUCAAAAGAAAACCUCUUGGUCACAAAGGUUCUUUAUCGGAUGCACCUGGCAACUUUGAUUCGUACUGAAGAAUUGGAUCUGAAAAGAGUUAACCUCAGUAGCAGUAGAGCCCGAGCAAUAGCAAAUCAACAGGAGGCGGAUGGGAUGCCCCAAUUGGAGUUCUCCUGCAGAAUACUAGUCCUUGGUAAAACAGGAGUUGGUAAAAGUGCUACCAUAAACUCUAUAUUUGGUCAAGAAAAAGCCACGACGAAUGCUUUUCAACCUGCUACUGAUCGCAUCCAAGAAAUUGUGGGAACUGUAAACGGGCUUAACAUAACGUUUAUUGACACCCCCGGUUUCCUGCCUUCCUCUACCGAUAACGUGAAGAGAAAUAAGAGGAUCAUGCUGUCUGUGAAGAGAUUCAUUAGAAAAUCCCCUCCAGACAUCGUUUUAUAUUUUGAACGGCUUGAUCAUAUCAAUUCUGGUUACAGUGACCUCCCACUUUUGAAACUCAUAACUGAAGUAUUUGGUGCAGCAAUCUGGUUCAACACUAUUUUAGUCAUGACUCAUUCUUCCUCAGCUAUUCCAGAAGGACUUGAGGGAUAUACUGUCAAUUAUGAUUCAUAUAUAUCUCAAUGUACUAACCUGAUACAGCAGUAUAUACAACAGGCAAUGUUAGAUUCAAGGCUUGAAAACCCUGUACUUUUAGUUGAGAAUCAUCCUCAGUGCCCAAGAAAUGUUACGGGGGAGACAAUUCUUCCUAAUGGACAGGUUUGGAGAUCUCAACUCUUGUUAUUUUGCAUUUGUACCAAAGUUCUGGGCGAUGUAAACUCCCUCCUUAAGUUUCAGAAUGGUGUAGAACUAGGACCAGCAAAUAGUACCCAAGUUCCUUCUCUGCCACAUCUUCUUUCGUCCCUGUUACGUCAUCGCCCUGUAUGUAAUCAAAAUGGAAUUGAUGAUGAAGUGGAGGAAAUUUUACUUUCAGACAAGGAAGAAGGAGACGAGUAUGAUCAACUUCCAUCCAUACGAAUAUUGACAAAAGCCCAGUUUGAAAAGUUGUCCAAGUCGCAGAAAAAAGAUUAUCUGGAUGAAUUGGAUUACAGGGAGACCCUUUACUUAAAGAAACAAAUGAAAGAAGAGUAUCGUAGGCGCAAGGAUAAGUUGCUCUUAGAAGAACAAGAGUUUUUAAAUAGUAAUAAUUCUGAUGAUCAACAGGCUCCUCCUGAACCUAUUCAGUUACCGGAUAUGGCUGUUCCUCUAAGUUUUGAUUCGGACUGUGCUGUACAUAGAUAUCGCUGCCUAGUUGAUAAUGAUCAGUGGCUUGUGAGACCUGUUCUUGAUCCCCAAGGAUGGGAUCACGAUGUGGGUUUUGAUGGUAUAAACUUGGAGAUAUCUACUGAAAUAAAGAAGAAUGUGUCCGGCACGGUUGUGGGACAAAUGCAUAAGAACAAGCAGGAUUUCAAUAUUCAAUCUGAGUGUGCUGCAACUUAUGUUAAUCCACUGGGUCCUACUUAUUCUAUCGGCGUUGAUGUUCAAUCUGCUGGUAAAGAUAUGGUUUAUACCGUUCAUACCGACACAAAAUUGAAAAACAUAAAACACAAUAUUGCUGAUUGCGGUGUUUCUUUGACAUCUUUCGGAAAGAAAUACUACGUGGGUGCAAAAGUUGAGGAUACUUUGCUUAUCGGAAAGAGAUUAAAAUUUGUUGUUAAUGCUGGCCGAAUGGAAGGUCACGGGCAAGUGGCGUAUGGUGGGAGUUUUGAAUCUUGUUUACGCGGUGAAGAUUAUCCUGUAAGAAAUGACAACUUAAGCCUGACAAUGACAGUCCUCUCCUUCAAUAAAGAGACGGUGUUGAGUGGAAGUUUACAAUCUGAGCUCAGGUUGAGUCGAAGCCUGAAAGCAACUGCUAGUGCUAAUCUAAAUAGUCGCAAAAUGGGGCAGAUAUGUAUAAAGAUGAGUAGCUCUGAGCAUUUACAAAUUGCAUUGGUUGCAGUUUUCUCAAUUUUGAAGGUCCUGUUAUUUAAAAAGGAGAUUUAGUACAAUAUUAUUUGAAGAAAGUAGUGGAAAGAUAAUUAGGUUCUGUUUGAUAGGGAAAAAAGUGAAAAGUGGUGAAGCAUUUCUGCAGGAAAGGAUCGAUUUGGACCAUUUUCCCUUUCUUAGGGAAAACGAAAUUAGGAUUGGAUUUUUUUGAGUUAGUUAUUUAUUUUUUGCUAUACUUCAGAUUCCAGUUUUUUGAAGUCUCUUUAGGUAAGGCUGGCAUCUUGAACCUGUAACCUAUUGUUGUUCAAUAAUCAGUAUUUGGUUGUUUCCACAAUUAUAGACGUUGAUUUGUAGUAAAUAAAGUUAUAACUGUACAUUAAAGCACAGAAACUCUGGUUUAUAUUUUUUUUUGUGAUUUGUUCAAAUAAGUCAAAUUUCUCGGUUCAACAGGAGCUAUUGCAA